CCAAAUGAGUCAGAUAUUCCAGCGUUACAACGGCAUCCAGGGAGCAGACGACACUGUGUCGCAGGGUCUGAACACGCUCUUCAUCGUGAUGGACUGUUGCGGCGUAAGUCCCGUUUCACCUUUCGCGAACGACUUCCAGCUGCUGAGAACCAACUAUUGGAUCAACGUGGGGAUGAGGGGACCCAACACCAUUCCGUACUCGUGCUGCCGGGAGGCAACUCUCGACAACUACAAGUUCGGACAGAAUCUAGCGUGCACCGUCGCUCAACAAGCCCCACUAGUGAGACCCAGGGGCUGCUAUGAGGCGUUCCGUCAGCUGGCUACAGACGUCUCCACUGGGGCUAUUGUCAUCCUCGUCAUUGUCAUGGUUACAGAGCUUUUGGCUGUCAUGUCCGCCAUAAUUAUGGUGCGCGCAAUAGAUCGAGAAAAGAACAACACCCUGGACCCAUCCAACCCCAAGAUGUACCGGGGUCGCGAAAUACCGCUUCCGGACUCUAAACCACGCUAAGAAUCGCGCACAUAAGGCUUAUGGUUGUUUACGAAAUGACGAUUGAAUUAUUUCAGGUACUUAAGGAGAUGUAUGUGACUAAUGGCAAAUAAAGGCCGGUAGGACCUGUAAAUAAACUCUGAUAUACAAUGGCGAAUACUGAAGGUGUAUUUCAAACAGAUGAAGAUUAUUUUUGUAUUUUGUAUUUUUGAUCUAUCAUUGUUUAUAACCCAUUAAUGUUUGUACUGCAUAGACUCAAAACCAAAAUGAAUUUGAUUACACUUGGUGAUACAAUUUGACUAUAAGUUUUUACCAGACAUUGUAAUAGUUAUUCCACUAGUAAUUCUUGUUUACGCAAUAAACUGGACAGUUCAACAAUACGAAAUCAAGACGCACAAAACAUGCUUCAAGGCAUAUUGCAACGGCAAGUUAAUCAAAUGCUUCUGGACAAUUUGUUUUAUGCAAUAUGUAAAGUGGACCAUCAGAAAUAAAUUUCACCUAAAUCAUUAAUGA